UGAUGCCGCGUUCAUCGUUGGGGAGUCAGACGCCUGGAUUUUCUCUUACGUAAGCAGCGCCACGACAUUCCUGAACUUCGCAGAAGGCUCACUGUCCCGCGCAAGACCCAAGAGAAGCAGAGCCGUCCCCCCCCCCCCCCCGAAGGCCUACUUCCAGGGAGGAGAAUGAUCAAGCAAGUGUUGUUUGGGAUUCUGGGUGGCGCUCUCGUGCUGACCGCCGGGAUCCUGAUCGGCCACUACGGCAUCGCCAGGAGCCCCUACUCCUGGGAGAAGGACCUGGACGAGAGCCUCGUCCACAAGUUUCUGUCUGAGGUGGACAACGUCCAGAUUGAGCAAAACCUCCGUGAGCUGACCAAAGUGCCCCACAUGGCCACCACGGCUGGAGACGAGCAGACGGUGCAGCUCAUGCUGAAGAGGUGGCAGGACCCCGACACGGGUCUGGACCAGGCCUGGAGAGAGGAGUACCUGGUCUACCUGUCCUUCCCUGACCCCACGAAACCCAACAAGGUCACUGUCGUGAACGCCGCCGCCGACGUGCUGUACACCGCGAGGGAGAAGGAGAAGGUCUACACCGAGGACCAAAAGGACCCCGAGGUGGUGCAGCCGUACGCCGCGUACUCCCCCCCCGGAGAGCCGAAGGGGAAACUGGUGUACGCCAACCAGGGGAAACCAGGUGACUACAAGCUGUUAAGUGAGGCGGUGGACUUGAGAGGAACGAUCGCAAUCACCAGAUAUGGCGGCGCGGGAAGAGCCGACAAAGCCAUCAACGCGGCACCCUACGGAGUCGUCGGCGUGCUGGUCUACACGGACCCCCUGGACAUCAACGACGGCCUCAUGUCGGACGCCAGCGAGACGUAUCCUCACUCCUGGUACAUGCCGCCAUCUGGCGUGGAGAGAGGGUCGUUCAACACUCGCUAUGGCGACAUGCUCACUCCUUACCUGGCUGCCAAAGAGGAAACUUACAGAAUUCCAGAGGAGAACAUCACUGGGAUCCCUCCCAUUCCAAUCCAACCCAUCGGGUUCGAGGAUGCCGAAAAGCUCAUCUGUGAGCUUGGUGGAACGGAAGCUCCGGUUGGUUGGCGGGGAGCAUUCAAAUGCACCUACAACUUCGGCGGCCCGGGGUUCAAACCGACGUCUGCCUUCAGAGACAGCGAUGUGAAACUGGCAAUCUUCAACACCGCAGUGACAAAGAACUCCUCCAAUGUGAUGGGGGUGAUCCGAGGGAGCGAGGAGCCAGACCGGUACGUGAUCUACGGGAACCACAGGGACAGCUGGGUUCACGGCGCCAUCGACCCAAGCAGCGGGACCUCCGUCAUGCUGGAACUGACCCGAGUGCUGGGCAGGAUGGUGAAGAAGGGCACCUGGAGGCCUCGCAGGUCCAUCAUCUUUGGAAGCUGGGGGGCGGAGGAGUUUGGCCUCAUCGGGUCGGCAGAGUACGCCGAGCAAUACUUCGCCAAGCUAAGUGAGCGAACUGUUGCUUACAUCAACGUGGAUAUAGCUGUUUUUGCCAACGCCACUCUCAGGGCCUCUGGGAUGCCUUCCCUUCAGAACGUCAUCUUCACAGCCGCGAAACAGGUCGAUGCGCCCGGGCUGGGCGCCACAUCUGUGUACGACAACUGGAUCCGAUACGCCAACAGGACCAGCUCGGCCCACGGACCCGUUCCCAGGGUGGGAUACUUGACAGGAGCAGGGAGUGAUUACGCCGCCUUCGUCCAUUACCUGGGAAUCCCUUCGAUGGACAUUUCGUACACAUACGACAGGAGUAAAACAAAUGCCCGGAUAUACCCGGCGUACCACACAGCGUACGACACCUUCGACUACGCUUCAAAGUUCAUUGAUCCCGGGUUCACCAGCCACCAGGCCAUCGCCAGGACGGCAGGAAACGUCCUGAUCCGACUGGCUGACAGCCUGCUGUUGCCGUUGAACUGCAGCGACUACGCAGAGAGUCUGGAGGACUACCUCAACACAGCAGUCACCCUUUAUCAGACCCAAACGCAAGCUCAGAACAUCUCCAUGGAACCACUGGAACGCGCCGUGGCCAGCUUUCGCAGCGCGGCUACUCAUCUGGACCAGGUGAUCCGCAGCUCCGACCCGGCCAAUGAAACGCCGCUGAAGGUCAGGAGGAUCAACGACCAGCUCAUGCUGCUGGACCGAGCCUUCUUGGACCCCCUGGCCUUCCCAGAUAAACACGCAUACAGGCAUGUUAUCUGGGCCUCGAGUAGCGCCGGUAAGCCAACCUUCCCGGGUCUGGCUGAUGCCUUCGCCAACGCCGAGACCACGGGGCAAGCCGGCGACUGGGCCAAAGUGCACUACCACCUGUCGGUCCUGAGCCAGGCCAUCGAGGGCGCGGCGCACACACUGGUUGACGUCAUAUAGGAGGAGGAGGAACUGUACUCGCCAUGGGAAUAGAGAAUAAUUAAUAAUAACACACCAGUAUAUUAUCUUGUCAUGUAUUUAUUAAAAAAUAGGAACUUAAAUCAACAACCAGCUUUUGGGAUUUUUGGGGGAUGUUGAGUGUUUUCUGUUCUCAUGGCACGGAUUCAUUUCAUGUCUAGGAUGCUGUAAAAAUAAAAAAAUUCAGUGUUUCUGUUUGAGCAAGAAUGAGUCCCAUUUAAUGAUGGAUCG